AUGUGCAUUAUUGGUGAAGUUCUUGUUGGUGGCGAAUGCGUUUCAAUGGGAUAUUAUAAGCUACCAAAUAAAACCGCUGAUGAUUUCUUUGACGAGGAUGGUAAGCGCUGGUUCAAAACUGGAGAUGUUGGAGAAAUGCAUCCUGACGGCAUACUUAAAAUAAUAGAUCGUAAGAAGGACUUGGUGAAAUUACAAGCAGGCGAGUAUGUUUCAUUGGGCAAAGUAGAAUCGGAAUUGAAAACAUGUCCAUUGGUGGAAAAUAUAUGUGUGUACGGCGACCCAACCAAGCAAUUUACUGUAGCUCUAGUUGUACCAAAUCAAAAGCAUUUGGAAGAAUUGUCUAUUCGCCACGGGUUGGAAGGGAAGUCAUUUGAAGAACUCUGCUCCAAUCCUGUGAUUGAAAAAGCGGUGAUUAAGGAAAUAGCGGAGCAUGCUAGAAAAUGCAAACUACAAAAGUAUGAAGUACCCGCCGCUAUAACAUUGUGUAAAGAAGUUUGGUCGCCCGACAUGGGGCUUGUUACUGCUGCAUUCAAGCUCAAACGCAAAGACAUUCAAGACAAAUAUCAGCAUGAUAUUAAUCGAAUGUACGCCUCAUGAAAUUGGCUUAACAAUUAGAUCUAGAUUACACACAAAACAAAAAAAAAAGAGUCUGCAAAAAAUAAUAAAUCAUUUACUUUUUAGAGUCCUGA